GACAAGGACUGCAAGGUGAUGCCACGGGUGCUGCCCAGCUCUCUGUGUCUGAGUGCCAGGGAGGAGCACCGCUCUGCACCCAUCCACUUUCCCUCGGCUGUCAUCUACAUGGCCUGCAACCCCAAGGAUGUCGUUGUCUCCUCCUCCUACUUCUUCCAGGUGCCCACGAUGCUCCCUGACCCUGACACGCUGACUGCCCUGCAGGACCCACGAUGGGAAGUGCAGAUGACCCUAUGGUCUCUGGGCAAGGAGGUGGUGCAGGGGGUGGUGGUGAGGGUCCUCCACCACAUGUCCUUUGGGGAUAUGAGGAAGAACCCUGCUGCCAGCUGUGAGGCCAUGCCCACUGUCCUGGUGGACCACAGCCUCUCACCUUUCCUCUGGGAAGGUGGGGACUGGAAGAACCACUUCACUGUGGCACAGAAUGGCCCAAGCAUUACUGGGAGCACAUA